AUGCUUUUCAACCAUUAUACAGUUUAUGUUAAUGUUAUUGGAGCGGAUGAAGGAUCAAUUGAGAUUACUGCUCAAGCCCCUCAUGCUUUAUUUAGUGUGGAAAAGAGCAUCUUAAAGCUACCACACAUCAAAAUCAGCGACGUCAAGGUCGAAGGAUUUGAAGUAUGUGGAAGUGUGGAAAAAUCAGCUUCUGAGCAGAUUGCCUCACCUCUUAUACUGAAGCGCGUCGAUAACACCGAUACUGUUUCUAUCCGACCAGGAGUAGAUGGAAAGUUCUGUAAGAUGGUUGCACCGGCAAAGUAUACAAUCUCGCCUGCUGAUGCAUCGUCUACAUUAACUCCGAGAUCUCUGGAUAUAGACACCACUGCGAAACCAGUCCAUGAUUUACGCUUUACUCACUUCAAAACUGAUGCUGUGGUGUUGGUCACUUGCAUAGGUAACUUAUUUCUGUACCUCAACUUUUUCUUUGUUUGAGG